AUGUCAAGCCGGACUUGCGGUCAACGUGGCCUAGGUGGCGUGCCGCUUCCGGGGGCCCUCGAGCUUUCCGCCAACAAUGAAUCGACAAACGUAUCCAGCGUGGUGGUGUUCCCGGACUCUGCAGUCUGGGACGGUCCUUUCGUGCAGCGCGUGGCAACACUCUCGGUCAUCAUGCUGUUCACGUUGGCCGGAAACGCUGCCAUCGUCGCGGUGCUGGCGCGGCCGCGCGCUGCGUUGCGCUCCUCGUCCCGUGUCAACCUCUUCAUCUUGCACCUUGCUGUUGGCGACCUUGCUGUGGGUCUCUUCACGCAAACAUCGGAGAUUCUCUUCGAGGUAUCCGGAAGUUGGGUUCUGGGUCCCUUGGGCUGCAAACUGGUUGUGUACGUGCAAAUGGUCACCCUCGCCUCGACGACCUUCAUCCUGGCAUCGAUGAGCUACGACAGGUACGCGGCCAUCUGUCGACCGCUCGAGUCGCGGUCGGGACUGCGCCGCGCGAAGGCCAUGCUGGCCACAUCCUGGGUCCUCGCCUUCAUCUUCGCCAUUCCACAGCUCUUCAUCUUUGUCGAGGUGCAGACAGGGGUGACCGUGUCAGGCCAGCCGCACAUGGAGUGUCUCAGCGUUGGCUACACACGCCAUUGGCAACGUCAGCUCUACUUCUCCUGGCUCACACUGUAUAUCCUGGUGGUGCCAGGACUGCUGAUAUCGGCCUGCUACCUGCGACUGCUACGCGUUGUAUGGACCGCCUCGGCACCGGACGGCGCUGGCUUCCUUGUAGCGGCCGGCUCUAAGGACAAGGACCAGAUCGGCGCUAGCUUCAAGUCCAACGGCAAGGGUCCGCCACCGACUCUGCGGCGCUGCACGCAGGCACAUCCGCUGCUGCCCCGGGCACGCGCCAAGACGCUGAAACUCACGGUAUGCAUCAUAGCGAGCUUCCUGCUUUGCUGGAUACCGUACUUCGCGGUGCACAACGUGCGAAUCCACAGCCACUAUUGCAUCAAGGUGCCACGUGCCAUCAUCGUGUUUGCCGAGACGGUAGCCUUGCUCAACAGUGCCGUCAAUCCCAUAUUUUACGGCCUCUUCAACGUCCAUAUCCGCCGCGGACUUUGCGAGAUUCUGUCGAGAGCUCGAGGCAGCAGCCGUCGCCGCAGCUGCUACUACGGCCACGACUCGACUCUUCGUCAGCGAGGCCGGACCACAGCCCACGCCGUGGCACUCACGACGAGCACCUGCGCUCCCGACGCCAGCUCGCUCGCAAGCCCCGCCCACCACAACGGCCGCUUGCUGCAGCAGCUGCAACACGAUGAGCAGGAUAGCGUACAUCUAGGCAACGUCGAGGAGGUGCCAUUGGUUGCAAUCAACGGCAACGCCACUCCACCAUGUGCAGUGUAAC